AUGGGCAGCGAUCCGGUAGCAGACCCAGACCUGGUAGUCUGUCGAGGCGUGUCUGUGCGCCCAGAGCUGUGUCGGAAGCUGUUGGAAGCGGGUAUCCCGCCCCUCAGCCGCGUUAAUUCGCUUUCAAAGACGUUGAACCAUGUCCGUCAGCGCUGGACACCAUGGGAACCGGUGCAGUCGCGGAUGUGCUGCGAAAACAAAAGCCCGAUUAUGAAUCCGCUGUUGAAGCGGACCAACUCCAGUUCGACAUCCGGAAGCACCCCUGAACUCGGUGAGUGA